GGUAGAAAUAAUGUCAAAAGCCGAGUAAAAGAACAGACUCAUGAUUGUCGAAAAUUGAACAUAAGCGUUUGUGUCAAUCAUUGUGUGCGGCUGUCAAGAAAAUAGAAACUUGUAAUUUAAAGUUGGAAAACAAAUCAAAUUAUAAAGAUGGCCCGUGAAAGUAGUGCUGGUUUUGAUAGGCACAUUACCAUUUUCUCUCCUGAGGGCAGACUUUAUCAAGUCGAAUAUGCACUGAAAGCUAUCAACCAGGGUGGGCUCACUUCUGUGGCUCUGCGCGGGACGGAUGCGGCCGUGGUGGCAGCGCAGCGCAAGGUGCCCGACCGACUACUCGACCCAGCAUCUGUCACACAUCUCUUUAGACUCACCGAUAGAAUUGGAUGUGUUAUGACUGGCAUGACAGCGGACAGUCGCUCCCAGGUACAGCGUGCGCGGUACGAGGCCGCUAACUGGACCUACAAGUAUGGCAGCGCCGUGCCAGCACAUGUGUUGUGUCGUCGCGUGGCUGACGUGUCCCAGGUGUACACGCAGAAUGCAGAGAUGAGACCGCUUGGCUGCAGUAUGAUGUUGAUCGCGUACGACGACGAGACCGGUCCGUGCGUGUACAAGACGGACCCCUCCGGGUACUACUGCUCGUACAAGGCGGUGGCAGCCGGGGCCAAGGCCACCGACGCUGGCGCCUACCUGGAGAAAAAACUCAAGAAGCGAGGCGACCUCUCCGAGGACGACGCCGUGCAGCUCGCCGUCAGCUGCCUGGCCGCCGUGCUCAGCGUGGACUUCAAAGCCGCGGAGAUCGAGGUCGGAGUCGUCUCCAAGGAGCGGCCGGACUUCAGAGUGCUGACGGAGGCGGAGAUCGACAGACACCUGACCGCGAUCGCUGAGAAGGAUUAGGCGUCAACUAUUUUCCGAUAACUAUUUUAAUAAAACAUUUGUUUAAAAAAUAU